UCGACUUGGUGCAGUGGCGUAGUCAAACGGUUUCGUUGUACGCGUCGCGAGUUACUAGGAGACUUUGAAGAGUGUAAUAUGAUACACACGCGAAAAUGAAAUAUAAACGUACACAUAUGAAACGCGCUAGACUGUUUUCUCUGUAAGCGUCCAGGUAAAAUGUGUAAGUUUGUUCGAGGAACUGAGGCGAAGAGUAACAAAGGAACAAACUUGUGUGUGGAGAUGGCGUUUCGUAAAGGCUCCCACAAGGCUUAUUAUUAACAGCAACAGCUCCGGUUUAAUUCCGGGUUACACGGUUUGAACGUUGGUCAAAAGGCAACAAGAUCAGCGUUACAAUACAACCUGAGAAAAGACCUUGUAUUUAUCAUGAGCGUGUUGCGCGGAGUUGUCAUGAGGACCGGGCGGAUUCUCAUUCAGCCCUGUGCGGAGGUGAUGGCAGCGCGCGGUGUGUUUGCAGGGCCGAUCAAGCGACUUUUCCCCCGGGUUAAUUUUACCCAGACCCGCUUGUGGUGCUCUGAUGGGCCAGUUCCUGACCGGGCUGAAGUACGACUAAAUAGGCUUGAUGGCGAAGACAACGGUAUAGUGGAAGUGCUGAUGUGUCGUGAAAGGGCAAGGAACUCUCUGGGACGCCUGUUUGUGGGUCAGAUGAGAGAGCUGGUGUCAUCGUUGCAUCAUGACGCAGCGGUUCGUGUGGUGGUCUUCAGAAGUUUGAUACCCGGAGUCUUUUGUGCAGGGGCAGAUCUUAAGGAGAGAGCUCAGAUGAGUAACCCUGAGGCAGAGCUGUUUGUUCAAGGCCUACGGUCACUAAUGAAUGACAUCGCUGCGCUGCCCAUGCCAACCAUCGCAGCAGUGGACGGCUUUGCUCUCGGGGGCGGUUUGGAAUUGGCACUAGCGUGUGACCUUCGCACUGCAGCACAUUCAGCGCAGAUGGGCCUGAUUGAAACUACACGAGGAUUACUCCCAGGGGCUGGAGGCAGUCAAAGGUUGCCCCGGACGGUUGGCUUUGCCAUCGCAAAGGAGCUGAUUUUUACAGGCCGGCGUGUCGGGGGUGAACGGGCUGCAGAGCUGGGGCUGGUAAACCGCUCCGUGCCACAGAACCAGACGGGAGACGCGGCCCACAAAGAGGCUCUUAGUAUCGCACGAGAGAUUCUGCCUCAGGCACCGAUUGCCGUGCGAAUGGCUAAAGUAGCCAUGAACCGAGGCGCUGAGGUGGACAUCUCUUCAGGAAUGGCUAUUGAGGGAAUGUGUUACGCCAGGCUCAUUCCUACACGGGACAGACAGGAGGGCAUGGCUGCAUUCAUAGAGAAGAGGCCUCCAAGGUACAUUGGGGAGUGAAUGUCACUGAAAACCUGCAUAACAUGUUUCGAAUCCACAUGGCGUACUAGAGUACAAACAUUCUGAACAUGCUCUAUGUUACUACACCUACCCAGUAAUGGGUUUGAUUACCUUUGAAAUCUGAGCUUUGUAAUGCCUUAAAAUAAUUACCACAAAUAACUGAAAAACGACUUUGUCAUGUUCUUUAUUUUUUAUACAUAGAAUACAGAGUCAGAAAUGAACUUUUCCAUUAAUAUUUGCCCCCUAGAAUUUUUAUUCACCGUACUGUGUUGUUGUUAAUGUAAUGUCUAGUACUUACAUUUACCCAAUUACUUGAAUCAAUAUUUUAAACUGCUGUCAUUAACAAUAGACUGUUUCAAAUUUUAUCUAAAUUAUAUUGUAUCUGUAUUGCUCUUUUUAUUGUAAUAAUGCUUAUUAAUAUCGUUAUUGAAAACUAUAU